GUAUUUACGACUACUCACCCAACCUGUGGCACACCUAAACUGAUGGCAAAUAUCGCGAUGUGUGCUGAAUGAGACUUCCUGAACGUGAUUUCAUAGCGAUCAUCUCACGUCCUUUGCGUCUGUGUUCUGACGCCUAAAGUUUCCCAUUGAAAUCAAUGUAGGUCCCAGUUCGUCGAUAUAAUGACGCGGAGGGGCCCCAUUGACAUCUUCAUAGUGACGCUAGAGGCGCUUGACCAUUCUACAGUUUUUGAUGCCUCGGGAGUGAGAUUGGGUUGAUAUUUGGCCAGAGAGAUGUUCCGCCCCUUUUCAGUUUUCUUUAAAAAGACCCAUUGUGCCAGUGACUGCAUUUCAUCAGACCAGCAUCUGUGCUAAACGUGCAAAAAUGAAACUUCUGGCUCUGGUUUUGGUAUUUUGUGCCUUUGUGUCUUUAAGCGAUUCUGCCUGCUACUUGGGACUUAUAGAAGCAGGAGCAAAAUACUGUGUGGAUAACCUUGAUAAAACCAAGCAUCCAAUGGGAAGUACUUGGAUAAACCGCAGAUGUGUCAGAUGUACCUGCUCUCCCGGCUCAAUGCAGUGCUGUGAUGUGAUGGGACGACCGACUUCCAUAACUAAAGGCUGCAUUGUGAAGUAUAAUUACAACACAUGCAAAUUUAAAGUGUUUCAUCCAAAAGACCCCAGCGUUAAGUGUGAUUAUGCUGCUGUUGGAAAAUAAUUUCCAAUGGUCGAGCGAUGUGUGCUUAUUUGGAUAAAGAGGAAUCUCAACAGUUUUUGGACCCAACCUAGACUACGCUGCAUACUAAUUAUUAAUGGCACAGUUAAAUAUCUUGAUCACAAAAAAAAAAAAAAAAUAAAAUAA